UUGGGCUACAAAACCAUCAUGGUGAACUACAACCCGGAGACGGUGAGCACCGACUACGACAUGUGCGACCGCCUCUACUUUGACGAGAUCUCCUUCGAGGUGGUGAUGGACAUCUACGAGCUGGAGAGCCCCGAGGGGGUGAUCCUGUCCAUGGGGGGCCAGCUGCCCAACAACAUCGCCAUGGCGCUCCACCGGCAGCAGUGCCGCAUCCUGGGCACCUCCCCGGAGGCCAUCGACUCGGCCGAGAACCGCUUCAAGUUCUCCCGUCUCCUGGACACCAUCAGCAUCAGCCAGCCGCUCUGGAAGGAGCUCUCCGACAUGGAGUCGGCCAAGCAGUUCUGCUGCAAGGUGGGCUACCCGUGCGUGGUGCGCCCCUCCUACGUCCUGAGCGGAGCCGCCAUGAACGUGGCCUAUUCGGACAGCGACCUGGAGCGCUUCCUCUGCAACGCCGUGGCCGUCUCCAAGGAGCAGCCCGUGGUCAUCUCCAAGUUCAUCCAGGAGGCCAAGGAGAUCGAUGUGGACGCGGUGGCCUGCGACGGGCAGGUGGUGGCGGUGGCCAUCUCGGAGCACGUGGAGAACGCGGGGGUGCACUCGGGGGACGCGACCCUGGUGACCCCCCCGCAGGACAUCACCCCCAAGACGCUGGAGCGCAUCAAGGCCAUCGUCCACGCCGUGGGGCAGGAGCUGCAGGUGACCGGGCCCUUCAACCUCCAGCUCAUCGCCAAGGACGACCAGCUGAAGGUCAUCGAGUGCAACGUCCGUGUCUCGCGCUCCUUCCCCUUCGUCUCCAAGACGCUGGGCGUGGACCUGGUGGCUUUGGCCACGCAAGUGACCAUGGGGGAGGAGGUGGAGCCCGUGGGGCUCAUGGCCGGCACCGGCAUCGUCGGGGUCAAGGUGCCCCAGUUCUCCUUCUCGCGCCUGGCGGGGGCCGACGUGGUGCUGGGGGUGGAGAUGACCAGCACGGGGGAGGUGGCCUGCUUCGGGGAGAACCGCUGCGAGGCCUACCUCAAGGCCAUGCUCAGCACCGGCUUCAAGAUCCCCCGGAAGAACAUCCUGCUCACCAUCGGCAGCUACAAGAACAAGAGCGAGCUGCUCUCCACCGUCCGGACCCUCGAGAGCCUGGGCUACAGCCUCUACGCCAGCAUGGGCACAGCCGACUUCUACACGGAGCACGGCAUCAAGGUGAAGGCGGUGGACUGGCACUUUGAGGAGGCGGCGGCGGUGGCGGCGUCGGUGGCGGAGGGCGUGGACGUGGCCUCGGUGGGGAAGGAGACGCAGCAGCAGCAGCAGCGCAGCAUCCUGGAGUACCUGGCGGAGAACCACUUUGACCUGGUCAUCAACCUCUCCAUGCGCAACGCGGGCGGGCGGCGGCUCUCCUCCUUCGUCACCAAGGGCUACCGCACGCGGCGCCUGGCCGUGGACUACUCCGUGCCCCUCAUCAUCGACAUCAAGUGCACCAAGCUCUUCGUGGAG